UGAUGACGGCUUCGCUUGCGUCAUUAUCUGCCUCCAUCCUCAAUUUGUUUCCUUGACAAGAGACCUAUUAAUAUAGUACAACUACUCGGUUCUGUGUGUCAGAGGAUUCUUGAACAUUCCCACUCUUCCAUUUUCCUAGUACGCAUCGACCUGUCUCUGCGUCUGUCUGUCUCUUGACACCCGCAACGACACACUAAAAUGGGUGGUUGCGUCUCGCAAGUGAUGGUCACUGGCACACAGUCUUGGCCUUCCAGUGAUCAUCCCACAGCUAAGAUUGUCUCCGUGAACGGUGUCCUCCGGGAAUAUCCUGUCCCUUCAUAUGUCUCCCAGGUCAUCCAGGCCGAGAUCAAUUCCUUUUCCUCUUCUUCUUCGGCGUCGUCGUCCGUUUUCAUCUGCAGUUCUGACAAAUUGGGUUACGACGACUACAUUCCGGCCUUGGAUGCGGAGGACCAACUUCAGGCCGACCAGAUCUACUUCGUGCUUCCCGCGUCUAAGCUUCGGCAGCGCUUGACUUCUUCCGAUAUGGCCGCCUUGGCCGUCAAAGCCACAGUUGCUCUUCAGAAGUACGCCUCCAAAAACAGCGGCCACCUUCGACGGAAGAACAAGGCCCGUAUAUCUCCUGUUACUGUGGUUUAUCAAUCGGUUUCUUUCGAAAGUACUAAGAUCAAUCGGUUUGGGUAUGAACAUAGACUCGAAUCGCAGAAGAAUAACAGACGGCCAGUCGUUGAUGCCAAGCCGAGCAGUGGAUUAUCUCAAGACGGGUCGUCUUCGAGGAAGUUGCAGAGAUACCGUUCUAGAAGAACGAAGACGGCAGUUCGCUCCUUUAGACUCAGUUUGAGCACCAUUUACGAAGGAACUACUGCUCUUUAGAUUAAAACUAUUUAUUUCUUCACUAUGAUCAGUAUAUAAUGCAGUUUCUGAGCCUCAGAAACUACCCGAAUCAUACUCUCCAUCUCCAUAUAAAUAAAAAAAAAAAAAUAGAGAUUGGGAUUGUGCGUGUGAUUUCGUGCAAAUUUUCUUGCUGUUCUUUGCUCUGGAUUUCUUUUCG